UGUAAUCCUUUCAAUCGAUGUCCUGUACACAUUUGUAUAUGUGCAUAAAAUGGAGAUGAUUAAUUUCAAAGCUUUUUGCAGGCACUUCUGAUAACUAGACGUCCUUGUGUGAACUAAUCUUAUCUACAUUCACCAGGGUCAUGUUUUGCUGGACUAUGCCACUCACCUUUCUACUUUUUAUGUGUUUUAUCCAAGCAAAAAUUACAUAUGCUACUCAUGGAGAAUGCUCUGGCGAUCACUGCAUUCCAUGCCACCAUUGCAAGCAUUUGAUUUGUGAACCUCCGUCAAAAUUAACAUGUUCCUCUAUCGUUAAGAGGGUUAAAUACGAUGGAAGUCAUCACCACACAGACGAUUGUCAUUGUCAACCUCACGAUUACUGCGAUUCCAUUUUUACCUGCGACAACUGGUCGUGUCAAAAUAGUCAGGAGAAGGCGUUCUGUAUAGAUCACCAGUGUGUAUGUAAAAGUGUCGAUUUCUGUCCAUCUCAGACAAAUCAACACUGCAUGCAUUUGAACUGUUCUGUAGGAUUUACAUCUAUCUGCAACACAAGUAACUACUGUCAAUGUACCCCUUUGACUGACACCUGCAGCGGAAAUAACGUUAAUAUAUGCCAUAAUAAAUGUCAACGUUUCCAAAAAUUGGUCUGUGUUCAGGGAAGCCAUACGAUUACUGUAACCAGCUUGAUGCAGUCUGUGUGGACUUCAGUUGUAAUACAGAUGUUGGAGAAACUCCAUUUUGCAACGAAAGCCAGUGUCAAUGCCGCCUCGUUGCAGAAAGGUGUACAGGAAAUGACAUCACCACUUGCCAACAUCUUAAUUGCAGUUAUUAUCACGUAAAGGUUUGCAGAAACGGAACUUGUGAAUGCCAACUGAACCCAUACAUUUUUUCAGCUUCGCCUCGGUCAUGUCAUCAGUGUGGAGAUCCUGCAGCCAACAUUCCAUGUGACUUAAGGAUGGUUUAUCUAGGAAGUCUACGGGAAUGUGCCAGUGGAACUUACUGCAUGACGGACGUUGUUCAAAGUAGUGAUGGGAGGGUCGCCUUUUAUAAAAGAUGUGUGGACGAGCUGACCUGUAGGAACGAGUGGUUAGCCCAGACUUCUGACCAGGACCGCUGUCUGAAGUAUGCAGAGGGCGCUUUACCCGGACAGUACACGUGUCAUUACUGCUGCACAGCAGACGGCUGUAACUCGAAAAUAGUCCCGGAGGCCAAAUAUUUCUACAGCACCUCCUCAUCUAACAUCAAUUAA